AUUGUCACUCUAAGAACGCAGAACAACGUGACAAACUGCGUCUAUCGGCUGGAAUUUAACAACGUUGCAUUCUACUGUGAAACGGACAUACUGCCGGUACCAUCUGGCGUCUUUUUUGAGGUGUUUCCAUUCAACCUCGUGUUCGACAGAGGCAUGCAUGUGAUUAAUGUUGGAAAGGGAAUGUCAAACGCGGUGGCAAACCUGAAGGGAAAACUGGUAAAUGAAGUCUUUGUCCUCAGCCGGCCACUGAUCGACACUUUGUUUGUCUCUCCCUACACAUGUUGUGAUCAGGUGAUGCUGCAUACAAACAAUGUCUUUGAAUUAAUCAACGUGGCUGCCCCAAAUAACCCUGCAAACGAAGAGAAGGAAGGAAUCCGUAAGUCGUUGCCGCUCACUGAUGAACAAAUGCUAGUCAAUGCUUCUGACUCUAAGCAUUAA